AGAGUGAGCCUCAGACCGCUCACAUGUCAGACAUACACAAUAGUACAAUUAUGGAGUUUUGCAUUGUUACUAUAAAGCACCUGAUUGAUUAUAAUACUCUCUGGUUUCCCUCAUUUUCUCUCUCCUCUUAUCUGUAAAUCACUUCUGUCGGUUUACGGCCAAUCGCCAUUGUCAUUGAACUUUGAGCACCACUCACCUGAUCAAUCAACCGAGGCCCGCCAAUCGUCACCGCCUCUGCUACUUCCUCUCAAGGAGAGAGCUUAGUAUUGUUAUCUCUUUUUCUCCCAUUUCUACUCUUACCAAACAUUCCCCGAGAAAGGUGGAAGACGGAGGAAAGGAUGAAAAGCAAACGUAGCAAAACCCACAUGGAUCUUUCCCCUUGUAGUUCAUUCACUCACCUUGUUGUUCUCCUUGCUCUGCUUUUGAUCUCUAGAGGUGUUUCAGGUGCUACUUUCACGUUCGUCAACAGAUGUGAUUUCACUGUAUGGCCGGGGAUUCUCGCCAAUGCAGGCUCCCCUGCACUCGACACCACUGGAUUCGAGCUCCCGAAAGACUCUUCGCGGUCUUUUCUGGCCCCUACGGGUUGGUCCGGUCGCUUCUGGGCCCGAACUGGCUGUAACUUUGAUGGAUCCGGAGCCGGGUCGUGUGCGACCGCCGAUUGCGGGUCGGGGCUAAUGGAGUGCAACGGAAUGGGAGCCGCCCCGCCGGUCACACUCGCAGAGUUCACUCUAGGAACGGGCGGCCAGGACUUCUAUGACGUCAGCCUCGUCGACGGGUACAAUCUACCUCUAAUCGUCGAAGGGAGUGGCGGGUCAGGUCCGUGCGCUUCUACCGGAUGCUCCACAGAUUUGAACCGGCAGUGCCCGGCCGAGCUCCGUGCCGGUUACGGCAGCGGUUGCAAAAGCGCGUGCCUGGCUUUCGGGAGCCCUGAGUACUGCUGCAGCGGCGCGUAUAGAACACCUGACACUUGCCGGCCGUCAGUUUACUCGGAGAUGUUCAAGGCCGCUUGUCCCCGGUCGUAUAGCUACGCGUACGAUGAUGCUACGAGCACGUUUACCUGUACCGGCGCAGAUUAUACGGUGACGUUUUGUCCCUCCUCGCCAAGUCAAAAAUCCGCAAGCUAUUAUUAUUCAACACCAAUGACAGGAGGAACAGCAUCGCAGCAGCAAGGGACAGAGUCGGGUAUGGGGUACUCGGGUGAGGGUUAUGGGUAUUCUGAAACUGGGUCAGUACCCGGAUCUGGGGAGACCAUGUUUGGAGACGGGUCAUGGUUGGCCGGGUUAGCCAUGGGAGAUUCACCAAGAAGAACAAGCUUGCAAAAUGCCGGAUUUCAUUUACUUCUCAUCGCAUCCUCAACUUUUACUCUCGUUUUCUCGUUUGUGUACUUGUAGCCCAACUCUUUCCUUAAUUCCAAUAUCAAUCAAUGUGGUUUUUGUUUAAUUAAUUUGAAUUAUUUAACAGAUUUGCAGGCGUAA